AUGUCAUAUGAUCGUUAUAUGGCUAUAUGUGAUCCCCUGCAUUAUACAUCAGUAGUAAAUUUGAAUUUCUGUAAAGGACUCAUUAUUUGUUCAUUUACUGGUGCUUUCAUAAGUAUGCUGACACCACUUAUUCUGACAUGCCAGUUACAUUUUUGUGGACCAAACGUUAUAGAUCACUUUUUCUGCGAUUUUGCCCCAAUCACCAGGCUUUCAUGCUCAGACACAUUUGCUGUAAAGCUUGUGACUUUUCUCGUGUCCUCUUCAGUAACACUGUUUCCCUUUGGGUUUGUCAUUGGAACAUAUGUUUGUAUCAUCCACACAAUCAUGAAGAUUCCCUCUGUUUCUGGAAGGAAAAAAACUUUUUCCACAUGUAGUUCUCAUUUAACUGCUGUAUGUUUGUAUUAUGGAGCUCUUAUUUCUGUUUAUGUAGUGCCAGUUCAAGGUCUCUCAAAUUCAGCUAAUAAGAUAUUGUCUCUUAUAUACACUGUGAUCACUCCUUUGAUCAACCCCAUAAUAUACAGCCUUAGGAAUCAAGAGAUCAAAGCAGGAUUACAAAGGAUUUUAAAUGUAAAGGACAAAACACAGUAA